GUUAGUCGCAGAGCAAAUAUGUUUAAGGUUACCUGCAUUCUGGCGUUCAUCGCCGUAUCAUCCGUUCUCGGCUAUAACCAUCAGGAACAUGGAUUCCAUGCGCAAACCAAACAUACUGCUCCACAUCACCAUCAUGCUGAGGCUAAACAUCAUCAUCACGAGGAUUAUCAUUCCCACCCAAAGUACAAGUUUGAGUACGGAGUGAGUGAUGCCCACACGGGAGACCACAAAACUCAUUGGGAACAUCGUGACGGUGAUGUCGUUAAGGGACAGUACUCACUGAAGGAAGCCGAUGGCACGAAGCGUAUCGUGGAAUAUACUGCCGAUGCUCACCAUGGAUUCCAGGCGGUCGUGAAGAAGGUUGGACAUGCGGAUCACCAUCACCAUGAACACGAUGCUCACGCCGAGGCGCAUCAUGCCCUACCGGUUGUCCAUGAUCAUCACCACAAGCCAACCGGUGGUCACGGUCACAGUUACAGCCAUCUAACCAAAUAUGAAUAG